UUCCCGUAUUUCAAGAUUGCUUAAACUUCCAAGCCUCUUUCCAUUCAGCCCCCAUACAUCCGUCCUCAGUUGUCUACUCCGUUGCUGUGCGUCUUGCACACAUUGACAUCUCCUGCGACAUGCCUAUGCUGGAGGUUUGCAGGCUGCGGCUGAAAGACGGGGUGUCAGCCUCUGAUGACGCGUUACUCAAAACUCUGUCUACAGUCCGCUCGGUUUUGAAAACUAAUUCAAGGUUCUACAACUGCAUCGAAGACCCAUCCCUCGUCUACAUCCUGGGAAUAUGGCCAACUCUGGAAGCCCACAAAGCCUUCCUCGCAUCGCCAGAGAAGGAGAAGGUCCUUGGCUCACAGGAGGAUCAGCUUGAUUUCCAGUGGAUACUUCACAUGGAGCUUGACGACAUAUCAUCGUUGCCUCUGGACGCACCCGUCAUGGCGAUAGCGAGGUUGUUCCUAAAAGGAGGCCAGCACAUCGAGGAGUACGAUCGGAUAGUGAACAAACAUCGAGCAACCCUUGCGGACGCAACAGAGCCAUACAACGUGGUCGAGGGCUGGAGGAACGACUCAGAGCCUGGGAAACGAGAAGCACUCAUGUUCACUGGUUGGGCGAGCAUGGAGGCACAUAAGGCAUUUACGGCGAAGAUGAGAGAGGAUGAGGAUUAUGCAAGCGUGCGUAACAACUACGAAGGCAUGGAGGUUCGACAUGCACGAGACAUGGAACGAAUCGCCAAAACCUCGCAGGAGUAGGCUUUGGCCUGGCCAAUUCGACUCUACGUAGCCAUCUCAGAUCUUUCCGGCAAUCGAACCAAUCUAUUCCCAUUUUCGACGGCAUCUUAGGGUGCACGAUUGCUGACGUUGUUCGCCUAUAACCAACCCCAGGCACUCUCAAACAAGGCAAUGCAUUUAUCAUACGAUCUGUCAAAGAAUAAGAGC